GCAGUGGGAGGGGUAGGUGGCUGGGAACUGAGGUUGGCUGCCGUUCACGAUGGAGCGGUACAAUGGAGCACGCGCGGAGGCGCUGGCCGGCACAUGGAAAGAUCUCGUGAUGCGUUUGGAGUAAGAUGCGACGGAGCCAGCCGGGAAACGAGGAACACGGUUAAGAGCUCUAGGAGAUGUAAGAGUGUCGCAGCGCGCCGGCCUCUCGUGGACGCACGGGCUUCUAUAUCGCGGGGAGCGCCAGCGAACCCACCAGGGCUAGGGGUGAAUAGUGAAACGCAAAAGGCGAGUGGCUGGGCGAGUGGUUGGGCGUCGUGUAACGCGACCCUUGCUGCUGCCUCUGGCCCAUGCGUGCAAGCGCGGGGGGGCGAACGCGAUUGCCCCACUCGCAGGCAGUCGCAGCUCGAUAGCAGCCUUACAUGGAAACGGACGCCUCGUCCGCAAGUAUUCCAGUCUGGACCUGCUGUUCAACUGUCCAGUGUGUCGUGGCUUCUGCUAUACUGUGUUUGCUUCUCGGGACGAGGGAAUCAAUCUCUGCUGAACUUCCACAAGCCGUGUCCGAAAAUCCAAACAUCACUUGCGGCCAGCCUUUGGAACUUGUGUCCUGAUGUUACGUACCAGGAACCCCUACCGCAGUUUGCAUUGUCGUGGAUGCGGAUAUCGAGGGGAGAGACUGUCGCGGUCGCGGCGAGCCCGAGAAUGACUUGAACGAAGUGCCUGGUGACUAUGUGCUGUUGACAAUCGAGAUUCGAGUGUUGAUCAGACUGAUGGAGUGAAGACGCAUUCAGAGGGCGCGUUCUGCUUGCCUUUAUGCACGAUAUUCCCUGGCCAAGGCACUCGGGUUCGAUCGUGCUGCUUGUCCUAGUUUGGACACAGCAGGACAGUUCCAGAUACCCGUCCAGUAGGAUCAUGAUCCUUCAUGACAGUUGGCAAGCCUGGUAGUUGUCUCCUAUGAGGUAUAGUGACGCUCAUAGGCUGUACGAGAAGCUGCGUUACUGAUCAAUAUCCUCGCAGCUUGAUCCUAUUGUCUAAGCAACGUAUCUUGAUCAUCAACAGUUUCUGUAUAUCUGUGAGAAGCUGUGCAACUGGGCGGCUCCUUGAACAUUGAAUGUCUUUCUCCAUGAGCACAUGCAGGUGGCGAGCAUGAGGGCUUAUUGCUGCUCAGGCAUGUUUUGCAAGUAGCCUGGAUGAUAGUACU